AAGAACUUACAUGCUUCUAGAUGAGUCUUCCCUGGUCACGGCAUCCAUUUAAACGUAUCGAGGAAUCUUUUUUGUGUUUUCUUUCACUAGCUACCCGCUUUCAUUCGAUUAUUGGAUAUGUUCGUAUGUGUGGUUUUAAAUGUUAAACAGGCUUAGACACAUACCUUUUUCCUCGCUCACCUUGUUGGGCCUGAUCUCUUAGCCAUGGCCAUGUUUCCCACAAUCUUCUCUUCGUCUUCUUCUCUACGUUUCUGCACACCCAUCUAUUGUAGUAAUAAUGACAGUUUUUUCUAUUACAGGGGUCCAUCUCACUACAGGCUUAGUAUGGCUACAUUGCAAUUUAAUAGUAGACGAUUAAGGCCAUUAAUGGGCAGGCAUCAGCAAGGAUUCAGUUCUCGCCGAGUUGUCAUGUCUGCAGUUGCAACAAAUGAGGACGAGGUAGAAAAAUCUGCAGUGCCAAGGGAUGGCAUUGAAAAUUUGGUAAUAAUAGGAUCAGGUCCAGCUGGCUACACAGCAUCAAUCUAUGCAGCUCGUGCUAAUUUGAAACCUGUUGUAUUUGAGGGCUAUCAGACAGGUGGUGUGCCAGGAGGUCAGUUAAUGACAACAACAGAAGUUGAAAACUUUCCUGGAUUUCCUGAUGGUAUUACAGGGCCUGAUUUGAUGGACAGGAUGAAAAGGCAAGCUGAACGUUGGGGGGCUGAACUUAUUCAUGAAGAUGUGGAAUAUGUUGAUGUCAGGAACAGGCCUUUUACUAUAAGAAGCUGUGAACAUGAGGUCAAAUGUCACAGCCUUAUAGUUGCAACAGGGGCCACUGCCAAGAGGCUUGGCUUACCUCGUGAAAAUGAAUUUUGGAGUAAAGGAAUAAGUGCCUGUGCAAUAUGUGAUGGGGCAUCCCCCUUGUUCAAAGGUCAAGAACUUGCAGUUGUUGGAGGUGGUGAUACAGCUACAGAGGAAGCAAUAUACCUCACUAAAUAUGCUCGUCAUGUGCAUUUGCUGGUUAGAAAAGAUAAGUUAAAGGCAUCGAAGGCAAUGCAGGACAGAAUUUUCAACAAUCCAAAUGUAACUGUCCACUUCAACAAGAAAGUUGUUGAUGUCAUAAGCAAUGAGAAGGGUCAGAUGUCUGGUCUUUUAUUGAAAAGUACAAAUACGAGCGAGCAGGUGACACUGGAUGUUAGGGGACUUUUUUAUGGGAUUGGCCACACACCCAACAGCCAAUUACUACAAGGGCAAGUUGAAUUGGAUGCUUCUGGUUACGUGGUUGUGAAAUGUGGAGUUAACACUUCCGUGGAAGGUGUUUUUGCAGCUGGUGAUUUACAGGACCCUGAAUGGAGACAGGCAGUAACAGCAGCUGGAUCAGGCUGUAUGGCAGCACUGUCUGCGGAGCGUUAUCUUGUGAAGAAUAAUCUUCUUGUUGAAUUCCAUCAGCCCAAGAUGGAAGAGCCAAAGAAAGAAAUCACAGAAAGGGAUGCACAAAUGGGUUUUGAUAUCACAUCAACCAAGCACAAGGGUCAGUAUGCUCUCCGAAAACUAUAUCAUGAAAGCCCACGCUUGAUAUGUGUGCUUUACACUGCUCCAACAUGUGGGCCUUGUCGAAGUCUCAAGCCUAUUAUCAACAAGGUGAUUGAUGAAUUCGACAAGGAUGUUCACUUUGUUGAGAUUGACAUAGAAGAGGAUCCUGAAAUUGCUGAGGCAGCAGGGAUAAUGGGAACACCAUAUGUGCAGUUUUUCAAGAAUAAAGAAAAGAUCAAGGAUAUAUCUGGAGUCAAAAUGAAGAGGGAAUAUCAAGAGUUCAUUAAAGCGAAUACAUCAUAGGAAAUAAAUAGAAAAUAUUUUUAAUGUGCUCUGAAUGAAAUCAUUCUUUUUUACAUAUUCUUGAAAACGAGAUGUAUUUUAAAAUGUUACACAAAGGAAUAAGAAUUUUCCAAAUGUAUUUUCAUUUUACAACCUGAUGUCUGAUUUGAUGUCUCAAAUGUAGCAUUUCUAACUUCUUUUCGUUCUUGGAAUAGUCAAUUCAUCCACUAUCCAUGUCACUUGUUUGGGCUGUUAAACAUUCCCUUACAACAGUUUUAUAAAAAAGCAAUGCUUAUAAAGCCAAAAACACUAAACAGUGUUUAAUC